AUGUUGUUGUGGUUUAUCGUCAUGGAAAUUGAAAAUUUUGGUCAUAGGCUGGUUAAGCUGGCGGCGAGGGCUUUUUACGACGACAUUAGUACGAAAGGUGAAAAUCAGCCCAAGACUGGGAGGGGCGACAACAGAGGGAUUGCUGUGGUUAUUCUCGAUGCUCUUACUCGGCGUCAGUGGGUGAGGGAAGAAGAUUUAGCAAAGGACUUGAAGCUUCAUACGAAGCAACUUCGUCGUACGCUGAGGUUCUUUGAAGAGGAAAAGCUAGUCACUCGUGAUCACCGGAAGGAGACAGCCAAAGGGGCAAAAGUAUACAAUGCUGCAGUAGCUGCCACUGGUGAAGGUCAACAAACUGGAAGAGAAGGGGACGAAAAACUCAAGAUGCAUACUCACUCAUACUGUUGCCUAGAUUAUGCACAGAUAUACGAUGUGGUAAGGUAUAGAUUGCACCGAAUGAGGAAAAAGCUGAAGGAUGAACUAGAGAGCAAGAAUACAGUUCAGGAGUAUAUAUGCCCCAAUUGCAGUAAGAGGUAUCGCUAUUCUUAUAAGUUGGACAUUUAUUUGGGUAAUAGAUACACUGCCCUUGAUGCACUCCGGUUGGUCUCCCCAUAUGACGAGUACUUCCACUGUGAAAGCUGCAAUGGGGUGCUUGUGGCUGAAAGUGACAAGUUAGCUGCACAAGAAGUGGGAGAUGGAGAUGAUAAUGCGAGAAGGCGCCGUCAUGAAAAAAUAAAACACAUGCUGGCAAAAAUGGAGGAACAACUCAAACCACUAAUGGAUCAGCUUGCAAGGGUGAAGGAUUUACCUGUUCCUGAAUUUGGAAAUCUUCAGGCUUGGGAACUUAGAGCUAAUGCUGCUAACCGGUCUGCCAAUGGAGAACUGAAUCAAAAUGACCCUUCUAAGUCUUCGCAGGGCCUUGGUUUUGGUGGAACACCUAUGCCUUACGUUGGGGAAACUAAGGUUGAAGUUGCUUUUUCUGGUAUUGGGGAUAAAGGAGAAGAUGUCAAAUCGGUAAACACAAGUACGCCUAUGAAGGUUUUGCCCCCAUGGAUGAUUAAGGAAGGGAUGACUCUCACAAAAGAGCAACGUGGAGAGGCCAGCAAAGAGAUGAAGAUGGACGGGAGUCACGGGACACUGAAAGCUUCCGAGCUUUCUGAUGACAAAAAAUCCACAAUUGCUGAUGAUGAAGCAAAGAAAAUACAGGAUGCAUACAUCAAAGCUUAUUAUGAUGCUCUACUAAAGCGCCAACGUGAACAAGAAGAAACAGUCAAGAAGGAACAGGAGUCGGCUAGUGCUACAAUCUCUAAGGAGGGCUAUAACUCACCUUCCAACCGCCAAGUUGGCAUGAAGUCAAAACGGGAUGAUAAUGAUUAUGAUGGUGAUGAUGUUCAAUGGGAGGAAGCCCGUCCUACAGGUGGCAGAACUGAACGCUUUAAAGUCGACUUGAAUUUGGAAGCUGAAGCUUCUGAAGAUGAAGAAGAUGACAUAGAUUGGGAGGAAGGAUAAAAUUCCAAGAGCAGCUAUUAGAUUCUUUAGAAGCUACAGGUUUCUGACGUGGCAUCAAAAGCUAAGUUUAUCCGAGUGAAGCUCUAAUCAACGUAGAAUGUAUAUUAGUCGAACUGUGUCUAUGUACUAUCAAUGUUUGCUGCACAUAUAUGUAUAAACUGGCUUGCUUGUUUGUAGUGAUAUUUCAGUUUUAGUGUUAGGUGUAAACUUCAAGACCAGGUUAUGGCAUUUGAUCCUUUCUAAUGAAAUUGUCUUGCCGAAUCGAGUUCUUGGUUGUUUAUGAUAAAACUUUUCAUUUUGGGUUGUUCUAUACUCAUGGUUACAUGCAAAGUUAUU